AAAACAACAUCAAGGCCAUGAAACCCUAAACGGUCUCCCAAAUCCCAAAAACUUCAAUCUCCACAAAAUCAAGACCGGUUUUAUUCUCUGUCCAGCGCAACUCCCUCCUUUCUAGGGUUUAUUCCACGCAAACCACCAAUCCUCCUUCUCGCCGCCAUCGACACAAUGGACUUCAUUAAAAAACGCAAAGCGGACGAAAACGGCAAUUCAAUCCCCACCGGCACCACUCCCUCAUCCCCAAUCACGCCACUAACCCCCGAAGAAAUCCGUAAAAUCAUCGAACCAUUUACCAAAGACCAACUAUUAGACAUCCUCCAAUCCGCCACGCUCCACCAUUCUGACGUCCUUAACUCUGUCCGUUCCGUAGCCGACGGCGACAUAUCCCUCCGAAAGCUCUUUAUUCGCGGUCUCUCUUCCGAGACAACCUCAGAAACCCUCCGAAUUCUCUUUUCUUCGUCCGGAGAACUCGAAGAAGCUAUUGUUAUUCACGACAAGAACACAGGUAAAUCGAAAGGUUUCGGGUUUAUUACAUUCAAACAUGUAGACGCUGCUAUGCUUUCGAUUAGAGAACCCAGUAAAAAAAUUGAUGGAAGGAUUACUGUUACGCAAUUAGCAUCGAAUAAUUCGAGUACUACUGAUGUUUCGUUAAGGAAAGUAUAUGUUGGGAAUGUGCCUUUUGAGGUUAGUUCUGAGAGGUUGUUGGGUUUUUUUUCAAUGUAUGGUGAGAUUGAAGAAGGCCCGCUUGGGUUUGAUAAAUCGACUGGGAAAUCAAAGGGUUUCGCAUUUCUUAUAUACAAGAAUGAGGAGGGGGCAAAGGCUGCUAUUGCUGAUCCUAUGAAAAAUAUUGAUGGGCAUCAAGUUGUUUGUAAAUUUGCUGCUGAUAAUAGGAAGGUUAAUAAGAAUAGUCAGGUUGGUGCGAUUACACAAACAUCACAACCAUUAACGUAUCCACCGCUAACAGGAAAUUCACAAAAUUAUGGGCCUGCUAGUACUAAUAGCUAUCAGAUCAAUACUUCAAUGACGGGUUCUGGAUAUAAUGGUUCUUAUAGGCAUCCGCCAUAUUUAGGGGCGGGUUUGAAUGAUGGUGGACUGAAUAACGCAGGGGCUUUAAUGUAUAGGAUGCCACAGGCUUCGGGUUCUGGGGUAUAUCCAGAUACCGGGUCUUAUGCAUUGCCUCAGCACCAGCAGCCAUCGUCAAUGUCAAUGCCAAUGCCACCUCGAUUGCCACAUGGAGCUGGAGGGAUGUAUCAGGGUAUGCCACCAUAUUACUGAAGAUUGGUCUUAAAGAUAGUUUUUGGAUGCUUUUCUAGAACAAAAGAGAUCACGACAGUGGAGAUAGAUGAGACUAGAUAGAAAACAAGAUAGAAAAGAGGACGAAGAUAAAAUUAUGUUUUUUAGUGAUGUGCAAGAUAAAAUUAUUGUUUUUUUUAAUCCAGUUAAGUUAUGGUGGACAAGACAAAAAAAUAUAAAAAAAUCUAUUUUAUUCUUAAUAUGUAUUGUUAAACUUACAUAUUUAAUUUUUUUGUUUUUUUAUACUUUAGUUUAUUUUGAGUUUUGAAAUUAAUAAUAUUAUAAUAACUUUAAUUAUAAAACCAUUAACUUGGAGCUCGGAUUGAUUUGAAUUUAAGGAAAAAAAAUAGAGAAAGACUAAUCUAGUCAAUUCAGGAUACAUUGGUACAAAGCAUGUAGAUUUUUUUGAAAAAAACUUUUGUUCAAAGCAAGGUUAUUGUGAUUUUUUAAGUAGAAAAGUUAAGUUAGUUGGAUUGACUCAUGAUUUGUGAGAUGAGAUGAACCUUGUUUUUAAGUUGAUUUUUAAAUCAGGUUUUAAAACUGUGAUAAUAUUUUUUUUUGUUUAUAUGUUAACUAAAGUCUACUCAUUUUGUUCCUUUUGACUUGCUACUUAACUUAAUCUCAAUUGAUUCUUGAGAUAGAUUUUAAAACUAUAAUGAUAAAUUUUAUCUUUAUACAAAUACGUGUCAACUUGGGUUAAUCUUUUAAAAUUAUAAUAAUAACUAUUUUUAUUUUAUGUUGACCUUCCUGACAUGUGAUCUGGGUCUUGUUUUAAGUUGAUUAAGGGUCUUGUUCUAAGUUGACUAAGGAUCUUACAAUUAUGUUAAUAAUUAUUUUUAUCCAUGUAUUAACUCAAGUCAAUGGUUACCUCCAUUAGUGACUCUAAAUUAAGUUUUAAAAAUAUAAUAAUAAAAUAAAAUUUAAAAAUAUAAUAAUAAAUAUUUUUAUUUUUACAUUAACUUGGGUUAAUCAUGGUCAAGGUGACCAUGAUGAGUGCUCCGAAUCUUGGAUUGGAUCGAUUCUCAAGUUAGGUAUGAAAACUAUAAUAAUAAUUUUUUUUUAUUGUUAUAUGUUUUAGAUGGAUAAUUUUUUGAAAUGAGAGUUUUUUAUAAAGAUAUUUUAGAAAUAACAAAUAUUAUCUCUGGAUACAUGUUUUCUUUAUACUUUCUAAUUUGAAAAUAUAAAAAUUCAAUCCAAAAAUAUUAUGUAGAUAAAUUUAUUUUUAUGUUUUUGUUUUUGUAUUUUCAAUUAAAUAUAUUAUUGUCUCUAUUAUUUUUUUCGUUUUAGGAUAAUAAUUAUAUGGGAUAAAGCUUAACAAAUGGAUUUGUAUGAUAUUAAACUACAAAUGGGUCUACAAGUCUUAACU